CGGUCUUGGCUCUCCCUUCCAACCUCCAUCCUUCUUGAGAUCUCAUACUGAGUUCUUCAGUCUCAGCCUCUAAGUAGCAGUUUUCCUGGCAAGGUCGUGCCACUGGCUGGAGUUGACCUCUGCAGCAUUACCUUCUUUUCGCUGAACAGGGUGGAAAAGAGAGAAGUCAUGUGUGCUUUCAAACACUGAAGACCACAAAAUUGGCUGGAUCUGCCAGGCCCUUUUGCAGAUUUUGGUCCUUCAGCUCCCACGGCUUUGGGGAGUUAUGCCAUGUGGACAGCAACUAAAUGAUCAGUAACCCACCUCCCUCCUUGUAGUCUUGAGGGGGAAGUCAUGAACUCCACCAGGUUUGAACCCCUGAAAGGAUCACCAGAGGAAAGGAGGACCGAGCCUAAGCCAGUGGUUAUCAAACUUUAGCAUGUAUCAGAAUCACCUGGAUUGCUGCCUCACCCCUGGAGUUUCUGUUUCAAUAGAUCAGAGGCUGAAGAUGGAAACAUCGAAUAUAAACUGAAGCUGGUGAAUCCCUCCCAGUACCGCUUUGAGCACCUGGUGACACAGAUGAAGUGGCGGCUCCAGGAGGGCCGCGGUGAGGCCGUCUACCAGAUUGGGGUGGAGGACAAUGGGCUGCUGGUGGGGCUGGCGGAGGAGGAGAUGCGGGCGUCCCUCAAGACCCUACACCGGAUGGCAGAGAAGGUCGGGGCAGAUAUCACUGUUCUCCGGGAGCGAGAAGUGGAUUAUGACAGCGACAUGCCCCGGAAGAUCACCGAAGUGCUGGUACGAAAGGUCCCUGACAACCAACAGUUCCUAGACCUCCGUGUGGCCGUCCUGGGCAAUGUGGACUCAGGGAAGUCGACUCUGCUUGGAGUCCUGACCCAGGGAGAGCUGGACAAUGGGCGGGGCCGGGCUCGGCUCAACCUUUUCCGCCACCUGCAUGAGAUUCAGUCUGGCCGAACCUCCAGCAUCAGCUUCGAGAUCCUGGGCUUUAACAGCAAGGGAGAGGUGGUGAAUUACAGUGACUCACGGACGGCAGAAGAGAUAUGCGAAAGCAGCUCCAAGAUGAUCACCUUCAUCGACCUGGCCGGCCACCACAAGUACCUCCACACCACCAUCUUCGGCCUCACCUCGUACUGCCCCGACUGCGCCCUGCUGCUCGUCAGCGCUAACACUGGGAUCGCUGGCACCACAAGGGAACACCUGGGGCUGGCCCUGGCCCUGAAAGUGCCCUUCUUCAUCGUGGUCAGCAAGGUGGACCUGUGUGCCAAGACCACAGUGGAGAGGACAGUACGCCAGCUAGAACGGGUCCUCAAGCAGCCUGGCUGCCACAAGGUCCCCAUGCUGGUCACCUCUGAGGAUGACGCUGUCACUGCGGCUCAGCAGUUUGCCCAGUCACCCAACGUCACUCCUAUCUUCACACUGUCCAGUGUGUCUGGAGAGAGUCUGGACCUGCUUAAAGUUUUUCUGAAUAUCUUGCCACCGCUCACCAACAGCAAAGAGCAGGAGGAACUCAUGCAGCAGCUGACGGAGUUCCAGGUAGACGAAAUCUACACAGUACCAGAGGUGGGGACAGUUGUUGGAGGGACACUUUCCAGUGGGAUUUGCCGUGAGGGGGACCGGCUGGUGGUGGGCCCCACGGACGACGGCCGCUUCCUGGAGCUGAGGGUCUGCAGCAUCCAGCGCAACCGCUCUGCCUGCCGUGUGCUGCGAGCUGGGCAGGCCGCUACGCUGGCCCUCGGGGACUUCGACCGCGCGCUUCUUCGCAAGGGCAUGGUGAUGGUGAGCCCCGAGAUGAAUCCCACCAUCUGCUCCGUGUUCGAGGCAGAGAUCGUCCUACUGUUCCAUGCCACCACGUUCCGGCGAGGCUUCCAGGUGACAGUACAUGUGGGCAACGUACGUCAGACAGCAGUGGUGGAAAAGAUCCAUGCCAAGGACAAGCUGCGGACAGGGGAGAAGGCAGUGGUACGUUUCCGCUUCCUGAAACACCCAGAGUACCUGAAGGUGGGCGCCAAGCUGCUGUUCCGGGAGGGUGUCACCAAGGGCAUCGGCCAUGUCACCGAUGUACAAGCCAUUGCAGCAGGAGAGGCCCAGGCCAACAUGGGCUUCUGAACUCCUCCAGGCAGGCACAGCUCCAUUGCUGUCCCUACAAUAUAUAAGGUGACUUCUGGCCAUGCUGCCCGCUGUUGGCGGCUCUGUGUGUUAAUAGGUGAGGGAGAGACCGGUGCUCUCUGCCCCACGCUCCCUGCCACCUUUCUGGAGAGGUGCCAAGCUUGGUGUGGCCAGGGAGGGACAGUCCUGAGGGAGAAGACAGGAGAAUUCAGGGCAGUGCUCGGCAGCUGUGUGUCCACCUGGUUGGCUCAUCAACCCUGGCAACCCCAUGGCCUGUCUACUGGAAGGAGCCGACCACCGCCACCUGGGCCCCACCGUCCAGACUGGGCAUGAUUCGCCGGUGUGGUCCCAGCACUUCAGGAAUUGUCACAACUGGGGGUGGUCCUCGAAAGCACUCCUUUUUCUAUACCUCUUCUCAAGGCCAUGUAAGUUGCCCAUCUCUACUUGACUGUGGACAAAAGACUUUUGCUCCUGGCCAUCUGGUGGCCCAGGGUCCGAAGAAAUGGCACAGGGACAGUGCUCCCAGCUUGUGCUGAGACAUGAGGUCUGUUCCUCAGCUUUGUCUCCUUUCCCUUCUUCACUCAAGGGCCAUUUCCCAUUUCUCUGCUCACAGGCCCCACAGGUGCUAUUUGUCGUGCUGGCCCAGGCGUGGGGCUGCCAAGCUCAGGUUUGGCAUACCGAAGGUCAGCUGCAUGUCAAUCAGUCUUGUCCCCUCCUCUGCAGUGAUUUGUUGGUUUUAAUGCUGGAUCAAACAGUGUUUUACUUUCCCAGACUAGUGACUGGGGACCUGACCCACAGCUCCUCAUCCUGCCACCCCUGCCCCCCCUUCCUGCUCCCAUGUAAGUCCCCCUCUGUUGCAGGGAACCUGGAGGAAAGGGAAAGGUGUUGCCAUAUUUCCUACUCUUUUAGGGCAUGGACUCCCUCCUUUCCCUUUGUUAAUGUCCUGGGUUCCCCGGACUCAGGGAUUUGUUGGUUCAGGUUUCUCUGCAUAUAUGUGUAUAUAUAUAUACACACAUACACACACACACACACACACACACAC